CGUCGAGGUCGAUUGUUGGCUCGUCGUGUAAUGUUUUGUUUCGUGACGUUUCGAGGAUUAUAGUUCCACGAUGACGGAUCCCGGUUAUAUGCCCAACAAUUUAAAACUAGAGGCUCGCCGCUCUGUUGUAUCAGAUGUUGAGUUUCAAGCUUCCCAAGUUAUAGAACGUCUAGAGGAAGCGGCAGAAAGAGCUGCUGAAAGAGCUGUUGAAGGCUCUGGCAAUUCUUCUGGAGGAUUGUCAUGGAAAAGCAGUUCUCUUGUCUUAGCACUUCCUAGUAAAACUAAUGCCGAAAUAUUUAGAGUACUUGAAGAUCUGAUCACAUUCGAGGAUAGUACCAGUUUUGCUUCUUGGAAUGAAGAUGUAACAACACAGACUGAAGUUGAAAAUCCCACACUGGCAUCUGUGCCAGCUCUUGAUGCAGUGUCAAAACUUUCUGCUGUUUCUCACGGUGUUGCCUCCCUUGCCUGUACAUUGGAUAGAGCACACUCCCAGCAGCUUAAUGCCCGUCUUGCAAGUGACUGUAGUCGAUGGCUUAGUCAUUUGUUUAGAAUUGCAGAGACAACUGCGGAAUGUUCAGCUAUUUUUCAUGAAGAUCCGUUAGAUGGCAUUGUUAGAAUUGGAAAAUAUUUAUUACACAAGCGGUACCCAAAAUAUGAAGAAGAUGGUUUUGAAGCACUUGCAGCAGAGAGGCCAGUUAUUUAUUCCAGUGUUUCUUCACCUUUAAGUGUUGUUCAACAUCUCUGUAGACAGCUGGGGCUUCCACUGCGUUGUAUUCAGCCUGUACCCUGCAACACCAUGUUUGGUUCUCAUCAACGAAUGGAUGUUGCAGAACUGGAACGGUUAAUCGAACAAGACAAAAAUUCCCACAAAAUUCCACUAAUGGUUCUUGCAGAUGCAGGUACUGUCAUUGCUGGACAUGUGGAUAACUUAGCUCGAAUCCAGGAAGUAUGUGAGAAACAUGAUGUCUGGAUGCAUUUAAGAGGGCACAACCUUGCUGCCUUAGUUCUCACCCAUCCAACAGUAAAACCCACUAAACUUGCUGACAGUCUUUCCCUUCCACUUGGAAAUUGGCUGGGCAUACCAUCAUUGCCAAUAGCUACCAUGUUUUACCUCCCUUCUCCAAGUGAUACAGAGUCUAUUGACAGUCCAAGAAAUACCACCCUCCCUAUCAUUGCAGGACUUGUGAAUGACCUUGCUACAAGACGUUUUGUUAGUUUACCCUUAUGGACAACACUCCAGGCGUUAGGGAGAGACGGAAUCCAGACAAGAAUCACACGAGCUUUAGAGUCUUCUGAGAUGAUGUGGAAAGCACUUGCAAAUCUCCCUUCACUCCGCCUUGUGAGUCAGCAACCUGGUGGUGAGUCAGGUUCAUACACAAUAUUAGAUGUUGUUGGGAAGCAGAUUAAUCCAUUGUUACUGCUUGAAGUAGUUGCUAGUACGGUCACUUUCCAAUUCACAAAUUGUACUGAAAAAGGACGUGUGUCUUCAUAUUAUGAUAAACUGAAUACUUGGUUAGCGCAUAUACUUCAACAGGAAUGUCCUCAGCUUGUGAUUGACAUGUGUGAAUUGGAGUCACAUGGGAUUGUGCUUCGUUACUGUCCUCUUGAGUUAUCUCCAGAUUAUCUCCCUACUAAGGAAGAUAUCGAGCAAUUUACAGUGAGCCUUGAACAACAAAUUGAAGUUUUGACAGCCACAGUUCAACUUAAAGAUGUUUUCCAGCAAUCUGUGUCCCGAAACACAAACUUGCAGCUUGUUCAAGAUAUGGCUGAUUGGGCUGGACUAGGAGGUGUUCGUUAUCUUCCAGACAAUUGGGAACUUCUCCCCAACUCUCGUGAAGAAUUGAAUCGCCUCAACAUGCAGCUGGUGGAAAGACUACAGAAUACUGAUCAAGCUUUUUCUCUAGGAGAGGACAGUGAAAGUAUGGCAUAUGUUCGCUUUGGAAUGGUCACUGCAGGGUCAGAUGUAGAGGAACUUUUGGAAAUGGUACUAUCAGUUGGAAAAGAAGUGGAAGAAUCCUCCAGAUUUCUAGAAACAAUGACUCAAGUUGUAAAAAAGGGUAUAGAAGCUGCAACUUUGGAUCUCCAGAAGGAAAAUGAUGAGAGGUUAUGGCAGGAGGGACUAUUACGGCAAGUGCCUGUUGUAGGAUCCUUUGUUAAUUGGUGGUCUCCUCGUAAUAAAGAAGGUGGUAUAAGAGGACGCAGUUUAAAUCUCAAUGCAGGUAUUGUUGAGAGCACUGAAAAUAUUUACCGGUACCAUAUGCAACUGCAAGGAAGUGGUGGAACAUCGGGGGCCCAAGGGACUCGUGUCACUCCUACUCCCAUGGUGCAGACACCUGUAGGUACUGUAAGUGGAAGUCAACAUUCCCGUAGCUCGUCCCAAGCAUCACAGGGUUCUCUCUCGUCUCAUCCUCAAACUGUUGCUGCUCUACCUAUUUCUUCCCCCAUUAUUUCUCCUCAAAUAACCCCUCAACCCAUCUCUCCACAACCAAUCCCACCUCAGCCAACCUCAAACACGCCUAUCUCUGAACCCUCUCUGAAUACUACUAUUAACUCUCCAGGAUUGAGUUCAAUAUCUGAUGAAAAAGAUGUAAAUGAAUCAGCAUCUGUAUAGAAACAAAAGACAAACCAGCUGACUUUCUGAGUUCCUGUUUAAGCUUUUUAAUAGCCAAGUUCUGCUUUGAAAUUGAUUGACAAUCAAUGUGUACAUACUGAGUGUAUAUUAUAUAAAUAUAUAUUUCAAGACAGCAAAGGAAUCUGUGUAUGCCCUCAUGUUAUUGUUUAUAUACUAUCUACUGGUAUGUAGUUCAAAAAAAUUGGGAAUUAUGCUUAUUAAUUAGAAGAUAGAUAUGAACUUACAGCAUUACAUUUGAUGAAGCAUAUGCAGCAUUAUAAGAUUUUACCAAUUUAUGUUUUUUUUAAGCUUUGCUGUCGCUCAUUGUUUAAGAUGUUGAUAUGUUGGCAUACUCUUGUUCCUGAAUAAUUUCAGUGUUAAUGUUAUUAUGGGACAAUUUUGAGUAAAAGUUACCCAUCAAAUUUUAGAAUUUAUUUAUUACUUGUUUUCUGUGCUUGUUAAUCAAAUGCUCCAAUUUCUUAAAACAAGAGGUUGUGCUGGUCAGAAAGAGAUAAUUUAACUUAUCAAUAGAUAGUGUUAGCAAGCACUAUGUUGCUUUUAUUCUUACACACCUUGUAUUUCCACCGGAUUUUUUUUAGCUUCCACAUUUUGUGCCCUGUACUUAUGUAAGAUCACGUAAUUGAUAACCAUGAAGCUACUGUUUGUAGUUGUUGUGAAUGUUUCAAUGCACUGUAUAAGAAAUCCUCCCCGGCAUUCUUGUCCUUGUGUUCCAAUUUGAGCCUACAGGGUAAAGUGAAGUCAUCGUUUUAAAUUGGAAUUGUACAUUCCAUCCCAAUUAUUAAAGUGCCUGUGCUUUGCUGUUGCUCUUCAUGGCAUGGACACAAGUUACCAUAACCAAAGAGACACUUUGGUGUUAAUUAUUGUAUUGAAAUUACUGUAGUGUGGAAAAUUGGAUGUUAAUAAAUAUGAAUUACUUGUUAUGAACAA